ACUUUAAACAAUAUAAAUCAAAGCAUAAACUUAAAUAAUACUAGAAACAAUUCAUAUCUGUCAUAAUUUUCAUUUAUUUCCCACAGAAGGCAUUUUCCAGGAAAAUGGCAUCUGGUCAGGAAGCGACAUCUAUGGAGCAGAGUGAUGUGACAAAUUCACCAGCUCCUGUACCUGAUUCAGAUCUUCAGUCAAAUAAAGAGGAUGAAAGAAAUGAACUUUUACAAAAGUCUAUCGAAGAUGGAACAGAAGGAGAAGGAAAUGACAGUUUUACAUUACUGAAAGAUUUGGAAGCCGAGUACCUCACAAUAGAAACACUGCCUGUUGAAAUUCUGAUGCACAUUUUCAACUACCUCGAUGCCAAGUUCAUUAUUGAAACUCUUGGACAAGUUUGUGUUCUCUUCAGGGAUUUAUUCAGUGGAGAAACCUACUGGAAGACAAGAUUAAGUAAAAGAUGGCCCAAACACUAUCCACCAGUAUAUGAGGAAAACUUUAACUGGACCGAGGCCUGUGUAGAACGUGAGGAACAGCACAGGGUUUGGAGCAAUCCAAAAGAAACAUGUGUUCACAUAUCCUACAAAGAAAGCAUCUAUGCAUCUGUGGAUUCUGUGCAUCUCAUGAAGGGAGGGAAGCUGCUUGCCACUGGAUCACGAGACCGAUAUCUCAACUUGUUAGACUUGACCAAAUAUGAUGAAAAAGAUCCUGCAGCUAGCAUGAAAUUGAUGAACAUGGUUUCUAGUGACAAGAAACAUAAGGGUUGGAUUUGGUCUCUGGCAUCCUACGACAAUGUUUUGUGUUCAGGAUCCUGGGACUGUUACGUUAAGAUGUGGGAUUUAAACGCUGACCUAGCAGAAAUCAACAAAUUCAAGUGCAGAUCUGCUAUUCUUGGACUCCAUGUAGAGCCAAAUUGGAUAGUGGCUGCUGGGUACAACCAGUUCCUCUACAUGAUUGAUCCUAGAGAUGGAACGGGUCAGAAAAAGAAAUUUCAUCGUCGUCCAGUUCUCUGUGUUGUCGCCGACGACAAAUAUGUAAUAAGUGGUAGCGAGGACAAGACCAUGGCCAUUUACGAUAGACGUGCGGGCCGUGUAUAUAAAACUCUACAGACAGAAAGCUAUGCGAUGAGUCUGAGUUUUGGUCAUAACCAGCUGUGGAUGGGAGAUCGUGAGGGACAAGUACAUCUCUACGACACGACAAAUGGAAGUUUUGAUAUUGUCCAGUCCUACGAUGUUGGCCAUACUGGUAAGGUGACAGGGGUACAUUAUACAACCGGAGCUUUAUUCACUUGCUCCACGGAUAAAACGGUGAAAGUCCUUGAGCCGUCCAGAAACCCAGAGGUCAUUUCCACACUGGACAGUCACAAAGGAGAAGUGGCAAGGUUGUCAUUCCAAAACGGAACAUUGGCCAGUGCUGGAAGUGAUUGUAGUGUUCAAGUGUGGGUACCAAAAACAAUUUAUCAGAGCUACCACGAGUGAUACUUGUGGGUACCAAAACCAAUUUAUCAAAUCUAUCACAUGUGAUACUUGUGGGUACCAAAACCAAUUUAUCAAAGCUACCACGAGUGAUACUUGUGGGUACCAAAAACAAUUUAUCAAAGCUACCACGAGUGAUACUUGUGGGUACCAAAAACAAUUUAUCAAAGCUACCACGAGUGAUACUUGUGGGUACCAAAAACAAUUUAUCAGAGCUUCAACGUGUGGUACUUGAAUGUACCAAAAACAAUUUAUCAGAGCUUCAACAGGUGAUACUUGAAGGUACCAAAAACAAUUUAUCAGAGCUUCAACAGGUGAUAUUUGAAGGUACCAAAAACAAUUUAUCAGAGCUUCAACAGGUGAUAUUUGAAGGUACCAAAAACAAUUUAUCAGAGCUUCAACAGGUGAUAUUUGAAGGUACCAAAAACAAUUUAUCAGAGCUACCACGGGUAAUAUGUGUGGGUACCAAAACCAAUUUAUCAGAGCUACCACGGGUAAUAUGUGUGGGUACCAAAACCAAUUUAUCAGAGCUAUGUCCGCAUGACUCCUGAGUAAAGUGGAUAAUGUUUAAUUUCGAACUAUCUUUACAAAAGAAAGACAACAGAAUAGGGAAAUGUAGACAAUAAUAUUGCUUCCUUUCUUGUAAAACCAGAGGCUAUUUCAUGUUUUCUUUUCUGUCUGUCUGUCUUUCAGGGCCGAGAUGUGUUCCUUUUUGUCAUCAGUAAAUGCUAUGACAUGAAAUUUUAUAUUUUUUCCUUUUUGAAUUAGGGCCCUUUGUGCUGACAGUGAAAUAUAUAGCUUGUGGGAACGUGUGCAGGUUAUUUUAUUUUUCACUAAUUUCGAAAAUACAUUCUGUAUGAUUAAAGAAGUGAGAAAAAAUACAUUGCAUAUGAUAUUGAAAAUUAUACUGCCCCUAUCCUAAUUUCAGUGAAAAAUAUAUCCGUUAUUCAUAUUUCCUUGAAAUGUUAGGUAGGAAUACAAAAAUACAUCCAUCAUCUUUUUCCUUUAACCAUUCGGUAAGAAUACAAAAAUAAAUCUGAAAUCCAUUUUCCUUGAACUGUUUGGAAAAAAUACAAAAAUAAAUCUACCAGGUAUUAUCAAUUUUACUUGAACCGUUUGGUAAGAAUUCAAAUACAUCUGUUAUCCAUUAUCUUUGAGCCGUUUUGUGAUAAUACAAAAAUGUGUCCAUUACCAAUUUCCCUUGAAUAAUUUGGUAAGAAUACAAAAUACAUCCAUUAUACAUUUUCUUCAAAACAUUCGCUAAGCAUACAAUAAUACAUCCGUUAUCCAUUUUCCUUGAACUACUUAGUAAAAUUACAAAAAUACAUCCGUUAUCCAUUUUCCUUGAGCUGUUCAGUAAAAUUACAAAAAUACAUCAUUAUCCAUUUUCCAUGAACCAUUUGGCAAGAAAUAUUUGAACAGUUGAAAAAACACAAACAGAAGUAUAUAAUCACUGACCUGUGGGUGGAUGGGACCACGACAACAAUUUUACUCUAGUUGUUCAAUUUGGUAGCAUUAUAUUUCACUGUUUAUGCUGAUUUGACCAGACAAGACAGAUAAGAACAAAUUAUUAUCAUCAAUGUAGAUCUGCUAGAUCAACUGACUAACUCUAGAUCUGUUUAAAUGAGAUUGCAUCUGUUAAUUAUGAUUCAAGUACAUAAUUAGUUGCUUUGUUCUUUUUCAGAAGAGUCUUUCUGGAAACAGUUUUGAUAUGAAAUGAAUUAAAAUCAAUCAUUCAUUUUUGAACAUAGAUCAUUUUCAAGUCAUUUUAU